GGGGUGAGGUGUGUGUGGGGGGUCAGCUUAGCCCACUGACUGGCCGUGACGCCAGAGCACCCCAAGCAGUCGCCUCUCUCCUCCCUGGGGAGGCCCUGCCCUCACUGAUGUCCGGUUUCGGUGGUGGCGGGGGGUGCACUGGACAUGAAUGCGGUGGGACCAACUGCCCAGGCAUGGGGGAGGCGGAGGGCACUGAAUGCGGAGCCCAGGAGGCGGUGCCCACACCGAAGCCCCCAGAGCCGGUGCUGGAGCCGGAGAGAGGCCCUGGAGGCCCCGCCGGGCCCUUCCCACUGGACACGCCCGUCCCCCUGCCGGGUCAGCCCCUCCGACCUUGCUCCGGUGCUGCCUCCUAGCUGUGGGCAGCCGUCCUACACCUGCAGGCGUUUCCAUAUUUGUCCACUCGCCUCUGAGCCGCACCCUACACCCCCAGAGCUGGAGCGAGGGCACUGACCCCCCCCUUGCCUUGCAGGAAGAGGAGCAGGAGCAGGACAGCGAGGAGGAAGCACCCCCAGCAGAGCCUGAGGAAGACGAUGGAGGAGAGGCCUUCUUCAAGUACAGCCCCGGGAAGCUGCGGGGCAGCCAGUACAAGAGGAUGAUGACCAAAGAGGAGCUGGAGGAGGAGCAGAGGAUUGAGCUGACCUCUGACCUCACUUCCCUGUAGCAAGUUCCUUAGGUCCUGAGCCACAAUAUUCUUGCAAAUCCUUUUGAGUUCAGAAAGAGCAGCUGGCGGCCAUCUUCAAGCUCAUAGAGGACAACAAGGAGACGUUUGGCGAGAUGUCCCACGGCGACGUGCAGGAGCAGCUCCGGCUCUACGACAUGUAGGCUGCCCCCUCCGCCCGGGGACACUGUGCUGUGACGCUGCCUGACCCGACCCCAGCCCUUGUCACGUCGACUUUGUAGGCGUCCCUCGAUCUUCUAACCACAGACGGAGAGGUUCAUCACGUACAGAUCUGCUCAGUCCUCGCAGCCUCUGUGUUAUGUUACAGGAAUCAGGACUGUGGUGUUCAGGGGAGAAAGGCCCGGCUCCUCUGGCUUCUGCCCAUGGGUGAGGCCCCAGCUGUUCCAUAGGUAACCCUCCCAGGCCCCCGCUGUUCCAUAGGUAACCCUCCCGGGUCCCAGCUGUUCCAUGGGUAACCCUUCAGGUUCCAGAGGCUCCAGCUGUUACACAGGUAACUCUCCCAGACUGUCUUCCUCUCCUGACUGAACCCUCCACGCAGCCCCAGGGCAGGGGUGGCCCUGGAGGGUUGACCUGAAGGCUCAGCCCCCAGCACACAUGUGGAAGGAUCCCUGGUGCCGGGGGAAGAUGUGUAUCAGGGUCUGCGGCCUGCAUGUCCAGUCUGGUAACACUAUACUCUUACCCUGCCUUAGAAGGACUUCUGGAAGCUUCUGUGACUGUAGGGAAGCAAGCAGUGGGGGAGCACUCUUUCAGCAGAGUGGCUAAUUCAACCCCACCGUCCGUCCUGGAACAAAGCAUCGGUCUCAGGGUUAAGGCCCUCCCAGCAUUUCCCUCCCGUAAGCAUGAGGCUGACUUUACGUAUAACUAAGCACCUUAAAAGCACCCAGAACUAUGCCAGACACAACAGACAGAAGACACAAACCCUGGGCACGCGCCUGCCUUCAGGGAGGUGAAAGUGCUUCAGAGAAGACAGGCACGGCACCGGGGAGGGACCUCCCCAGGCAGCAGUCGAGAAAAUGCUAAAACAUAGUAAGACCUCAGAACAGUCGGGGGCCCC